AUCAUUCUGAAAAUAAAAUCAUUUUAGCACUGACCUUUGCUCGAUGAGCCGGUACAGCGUCUGGAAUCGCCGUCGAAAUCGAAAUGCUAUAUGUGAAUCAGCCGAUAAAGCCGUAGAACUAUGCAAAUCUUCAGAAAUCGUGAAUCGAUAAGCAAUCGGCGCUGAUAGCACAUAAACAGAGUAAUUGACGGACUUAAAUGCUACUCGUUCCAGUUGCACUUGGUGUCCCACUCCGCCAUGAACUUCCUGCUGCGAUUUUUUGUCUUCUGCCUGGAUCCUCUUGGCCUAGGGCGCCGAUUUCUUAUCCGACCGGUCUUGAAUCUCGGCUGGAACGUAUACGAUCGCGUCCGGAGCAAGGCCGAUGAGAAGGUGGGCACGGUGCGCGAACUGGUUCUCCGGUUGGGACUCAUCGCCUUCGCCGUGGUGCUCAUCAUCUGGCUGGCGGUCUUCAUGUACGCCGCCUUUUACUACAUCUACAUGCCGGCCAUAUCACACACCCGACCAGUACACAUGCAGUUCAAAACCUGUCUUGAGACCAGCACGCCCUGCACCUUUCCCCAUGCCCACGUCUCGCUGACGAAGAAGCAACAGCUCCUGAUGGUUGGCCAGGCUUACAAGGUAAUUGUUAACAUCGAUAUGCCGGAGUCUCCGCAGAACCUUGAGCUGGGCAUGUUUAUGGUCUGCGCUGAAAUGAGAGACUACGACUCGAUGCUGAGGGGUCACUCCUGCCGAUCGGCAAUGAUGCGAUACCGAUCACCUUUGAUCCGCAUGAUUUCCACUUGGGCCUUAAGCCCACUAUACGUGCUUGGUUGGAAGGAGGAGUUCCAGCAUGUCCCGGUAGAGAUUUUUUCACGUUACCUGGAGGAGCGACAGCACCCAAUCACAGAUGUCUACGUGGAGAUACAGUCACAGAAGAUCCAGUUCUACACGGUUACUCUGCACAUUGUGGCCGAUUUUACCGGUCUGCGGUACAUUAUGUUCAACUGGCCCGUGCUGUCGGCCAUAGUGGCCAUUAGCACCAAUCUAUUCUUUAUACUGGUCGUCUUUCUGCUCAGCUGGUACCACUGGUCCGACGCCAGCUGGCUGCACAGCCUGCAAAUCAAAUAUGCCCGGCUCACGAAAUCGCUUGAACCCGGCGUAGUCCGCUCCAAGACGAGCAGCCUGCGGGACGACGACGACGACUUGGUUGCUUUAGGUGAUAAGUCCGAUAUUGUAGACGUGGGCGGGGACACAAUUAGCGACGCAGAUGCCGAUGAUUUGGUGUUGAUUAGGAAACCAGGCGGUGGCAAGACGGAUUCAAAGGAUGCACUGCGUAAGCGACAUCCGAAAAAGACCACUGCAGACCACUAAAAUCAGCAGGGACUCAGAUAAGAAAGGGAAGGAAGGAAUCACCACCGAAGACGAAACCACCGCCCAUGCGACGCUUGAGCCAAAGACUAAAUAUAUUUAAGGACUAAGUUAGUUAACACAGUUGCUAAAUGAAUUCAUUCCAUAUAUGUUGAGGAUGCCAGGGGUCUUCUUUUCCAGUGGAAAAAAGCUUUGCUUGGAUGAUCAUAAAUAUGUUAUUUUAAAAAUUGUUUAACUUUUUGAAAAAAAAAAAAAAAUUUUUAUAUUUGAA